ACAUUUUAUAUCAUUAAAUCUAUGAAGAACUGGCAAGACGCUCAGAGCUACUGCAGAGAAAACUACACUGACCUGAUCAGUGGAGUCCAACAGCUAGAAGACUUCAAGACACAGCACCCGAAUCAUGCAAACUAUCCCUGGAACACUUUCUGGAUCGGCCUGUUCAGAGACUCUGACUGGAGUUGGUCAGAUGGGAGCAGUUUCUCUUUCAGAUCCUGGGAUGAACAUAAAGAAUACCCUAAGAAGACAUGUGCUAUGACUACGUCAGAUGGAAAAUGGAGCUCUGAUGACUGUAAUAAAACCAAACCCUUCUUCUGCUACAACGAUUCAGUGAUCCUGAUCAAGGAGAACAUGACCUGGGUGGACGUGUUAUACUACUGCAGAGAUCACUAUCGUGACCUUGUCUCCAUCGCUAACCAGGACGAGCAGCUCUGGGUCCAGCAGAGAGCCAAGACGGCCUCCACUCCCUACGUGUGGCUGGGACUGCGCUACACCUGCACUCUGGACUUUUGGUUCUGGGUCACUGACGAGACGGUCCGCUUCACCAACUGGGGCCCCGGCCAGUCUGGGGACGACUGCAACGUGUCUGGAGCCAUGGACAGAAAUGGAACCCACCAGUGGGUCAAAAUGAUCGACGACAACUACAAGUUUAAUUUCAUCUGUUCCAAGUAA